AGCUGGCGCACCUGUUUUUAUGAAUCCGUGUAUAAUACUGCAUGGCCCAUUUGCUGAACGGAAGACCAAGAUUACAGGGGCUACAUCAGUAGACUUACACUGCGUUUUUAAGGGCUCAUAAGGGCAGUCCAGUACAUCGAAUUAGAAUUUAAGGGUCUAGCAAUCAUACCAAAAAGGUUGCAACACUACGACACCUUUGGAUAAAAUAAAAGAACUGCAGGUUUCGCUAUCAACAACAUGGCUGUCCAAUUUAAGGCCAUGUUGGCUUGUUUGUUUACGUUGCUGGCAACACACACAGUGAGCGGGAGCGAAUAUUGCUGCCCAUAUUACACGUCAUCUGGCAGUUACAGAAGUUCGUUGUACUGUUCCUAUUACUGCUGCGGGACAUCUACCAAUAAAUACUGCUGUUCCUCGUCCUAUGACAGAUACUACCCGAGUUAUUCCUAUAGUUGGUUAUGCCCCGCCGCCACCAGGCCAACCACAACAACAGUGAGUUCAGGAGAAUAUUGCUGCGCAUAUUACACGUCAUCAGGCAGUUACAGAAGCUCGUUCUCCUGCCCCCAGUACUGCUGCGGGACAUCUACCAGUAAAUACUGCUGUUCCUCGUACUCAAGCAGAUAUUAUAGGAGUUAUUCCAGUAGCUGGUUAUGCCAGCUCGACCCUCCACCCACCAGCGCAACAGUUAAUUCAGGAGAAUAUUGCUGCGCAUAUUACAACUCAUCUGGCAGUUACAGGAGCUCGUUCUACUGUUCCAAGUAUUGCUGCGGGACAUCUACCAGUAAAUACUGCUGUUCCUCCUCCUAUAGCAGAUAUUAUGGGAGUUAUUCCUCUCUUUUAUCGUGCCCCACCCCCUCAAGCAGCAGUACUACAUCAGGCAUCAUAAAUGUUACCGGUGCUAUAGUAGGCUCUGUAGUCGGUUUCAUCGCCCUGUGCGUCAUCAUAGGAGUCGUCAUUGGUUGCACAACCGGAUGCUGUGGGCAAAGGAGAGGAACAGUGACCAGACCCCCGGGUAACGGCAUAGUAAUGUUGAACACGCCCCCGACAACGCAAGGUUACCCAGUCGGGUACGCCCCACCACCACCAAAUACAGCGUAUGGACCAGGGAUACCUCAGCCGAAUGCGGCUUAUGGCCCAGGAACACAGCCACCGUAUACAGGGUAUGGGCCAGGAAUUCCCCCUCAACAGCCGCCAAACACAGAGUUUGGGCCAGGAAUUCCACCUCCCAAUAACCCAUUUGGACCAGGAUCGCCACCCGAUGGAGAAUCAACACCACUGGAUGCCGCGAAAGGAGCCGGUAAUGAUGCACCCCCUCCCCCAUACCCAGACAAUACUUACACCUCACUCCAACCUUAAUUCAUCUGGCGCAGAUAGACU